UCUCGGCUCCCGUCCGUGCCACAGUGUGUACCAUAAAAGUCGUUUCAGUGAGAGUUUGCGAUCCCGCGGGUACGGUCGGAACUAACGGGAAUUCCUUAUCAGCGUUUUGUACGCGAAUUUGUCGCGGGUUUGGUUCGUUGGCUGCGUGCGUGUGUGGCCGUGGUGCGGCAAUCAUUUUUGCAAAGAAAAGAAAGAUCUCCCCCCCACAAAAAUCUGUACAAAUCAAAAGCCUCUACAAAUUGAUUGAUCCGAUCGGUAAAGUUCGUGGGAAAAUGUGAAAAAACGAACGGAGAACCCACAGAAAGUCCCUAAAACAGAAACGCGUGCGUUUCCAGUGCGUUUCAAGUGCGUUUUUAGUCGCGUCAGUGUCAUCGUUGUCGUUGUAGCAGCAGCCCACACACAAAUUGUUAUUGCAAUCUGGGCUGAAAUAAAUUGCAAAUCAAAUACGCGCCCAAGCAGCAGCCACAGCAAAAUGUUGCUCGUGCAGCGAAAAGUGUAAAGGAGCGGAGCAGCCACACCAAAGGAACUGCAGAGAGCCCGUACCUGCAACCAGCACCCAUCGAAGCAGCCACUGCCUUCCUUGGCACACACACACCCACACCCAGAGAAGCGGCACACAGAUAUCGUGAGAGCGCAGGGGCCAUCAUGGGCCAGGCCUCGUUCUACCAUUGCUGCUGCCUGCUGCUGGUGUGCCUCGUUCUGUCCACGCUAAAUGGUCGAGCGGCUGCAGCAACACGUGUUCGUGUCAGCUCCUCCACGACCAUGACACGCAACAUUGAGGAGGAGAACGCUUUGCUUUUGCUUUUGGCGGGUCCGCCCGUUCUAUCCGAGUCCAUAAUGGGCACCGUCGGCCGACUGCCCUGCAACGUGACGCCGCCCAUUUACGAGGAUCGUGUGGCAUUGGUUAUCUGGUACAAGGUGGGCCUGAAGACGCCCAUUUACAGUGUGGAUACGCGGGACUCGAACUUUGCCCAGGGCACCCACUGGUCAGACGAAACGUAUCGGGAGCGCUUGUCCUUUCACGUGGAAGGACGUGCCGGCACGCUGAGCAUCAAGUCAACAACGGAGGACGAUACGGGCGAGUAUCGGUGUCGCGUGGACUUCCAGAAGAGUCCGACGCGCAACUCCAAAGUGAAUUUAACAGUCAUAAUACCGCCCGAAUCCGUCAUCAUUUUGGACAGCAAGGGGGCGACCAUUAAGGACCACACCCUGGGGCCCUACAACGAGGGAUCCGCCAUCAACAUUACGUGCGUGGCCAUCGGCGGUCGCCCACAGCCGAGGGUUACCUGGCUGCAUGGGAAUACCAUCUACAAGAACGCCAGCGUCGGCCACGCCCUCUCGGAGCGCAGGGUGGGCAAUGUCCUAUCGCUGGCACGCCUGGAGCGCCGGAAUCUUCACAUGCAGCUUACGUGUCGGGCGGAGAACAAUAAUUUGACAACGCCAAUUAUCAGCAGCGUCGUACUCGACAUGAACUUGCGUCCUUUGAUUGUUAAGCUGCAGGGCGAGAAUCGCCCACUGUCGGCGGGCAAUUCUUAUCAACUGAGUUGCGUUGUCAUUGGGGCACGUCCAGCGCCCACGAUUACCUGGUGGAAGGGCAGCAGCCCCAUGAAGAACACCCACGAGAUUGCCAAUCCGGAUGGAAACAUGACCACCUCCGUGCUGACAUUCACGCCCACCAUCGAUGAUCGCGGCAAGUUCCUGUCCUGCCGCGCCGAGCAGGGCAUGAUACCCGAGUCGGGCUUGGAGGAUGGCUGGAAAUUGGACAUUUAUCAUAUACCCGUUGUCAGCCUGGAGCUGGGCACCAACUCGCUGAAUGCGACACUGCGCGAGGGCAUCGACGUCUUCUUCGAGUGCAACAUCAAGUCGAAUCCAUGGAUCUACAAAGUCAGUUGGCGGCAUAAUGGCGCCAUUCUAGCCAACAAUCCCGCCGAAGGCAUUGCCGUGUCCAACCAAAGUUUGGUGCUGCAAAAUGCCAGCCGAGCCCGCAGCGGCAUCUACACCUGUGUGGGCAGCAACCGAGAGGGCGACGGCGAGAGCAAUCCCGUGCAGCUGGACAUCCGAUUUGCACCUGUCUGCCGCAGCAACCAGCGCACCACCUACAGCUCCGGGCGGCACGAGACGGUGAAGGUGGCCUGCGAGAUCGAUGCCAAUCCCAUGGAGGCCAGCUAUGUGUGGAAGUUUAAUGCCAGCCAGGGCGAGACGGUGGAUAUACCCGCCUCCCAGGUGGCCGUGGACCGCGGACGCAGCAUUGCCCACUACACGCCCAUGACGGAGAAUGACUACGGCACGCUGCUGUGCUGGGCCACCAACGAGAUUGGCGAUCAGAGCGAACCCUGCGUGUACACAAUAGUCCCUGCAGGCGAACCGGAUCCGUUGCUAAAUUGCACGGUGCUCAAUCAGACAUCGACGGGCUUCCAAAUCGAGUGCAUCGAGGGCUUUGAUGGCGGUCUGCAGCAGGACUUUAUAAUGGAGGUUUAUGUGAAUGGAACGACACGCAAUCCCAAAUUUUCCAAAUCAAAUCGACCGUACUUCGAGGUGAGCGGCCUGGUGCCCGGCAUGGGCUACAAUGUCUUUCUCAUCGCCAACAACAGCAAGGGACGUAGCAAUGCGACCAUUUUGCAGGUCUACACACUGAAGGAUCCCGAGAAGCAAACGGUUAGAAUCACAUUUACGAAAUUCUAUCAGGGUGUAAGGCCCGCCAGCACCACAACCACCGCACUGGCCACCAGCAGCGACUGCGUCUGCGAUGAGGAGGAGUUCCUGGGCGUGGGCAGGGGCAAGGGCUUGGUCCACGAUGCGGGCCAGGAUCAGGCGACAGAAGACCUCUCGCUGGCCUAUGCACCCGUCAUCGAGGACAUCCGGCCCUUCCUGGGCAUCCUGGCGGGCAUUGUGGGCAGCGUGUUCCUGGUGGCACUCAUCAUUGUGAUUGUGGUGCGAGUGCGCGGCUCCUCGGGACGCGAUCGCAAUAAUUACUCGCAUCCGGGCAACGGGGGCAGCGGCGGAGGCGGCACAGGAGGCGGAGGAGUGGCAGUCGCUGGCACGGGUGGACCCGCUGGCACAACGGCCAAUGGCAACGGCAGUCUGGGCCUUCUCGCGAGCAACAACAAUGGCAGCCUGGGCAUCGGUGGCACACUGGCGCACAAUGGCGGGCAAUCAGUGCAGGAUAUGCAUCGCAUUGGCCGGGACACAUGCCACGUGACGAGCAGCCUGGAUAGCAUUGACAAGAAUCCGGACAUCAUACCACAAGGUGGGUUGGAUGGCCACGACGUGGAUGAUGAGUGGACGACAACGAAGGGUCAUAAUCGCGCCUAUGCCACGGCCGCGCUGGCCGAACAGAAUGCCGUCAUUACCUCCAGCACCUACGAUCACCUGAUGCCCACAUAUGCGGUGGUUGACAAGAAGACGGGGGGCUUGCCCCCAGGCAGCGGUCAUGGCCAUGGCCCGUACAUACAGUAUAAUACGCUUAUUCCCGUUAGCAAAAUGGGCGCUUACGCCAGUCAACAACAGCAACAGCAGCAGCAGCAUCCACACACACAUCCGCACCAGCAUCCGCACCAGCAUCAACUCCAGGCUGGGCAGCAGCAGCAGCAGCAACAGAAGACUGAACUCAGCUACAGCGAUUUGACGGCACCCAUGGUGGGGGUGGGUGGCAGCGCCGUGGGCGUUCAGCGCUUGGCGCCAUACUGCAGCGCCACACUGGGCCGACCGGGCCGUGGACAGGCGGAGCUGAAGCGGGCCGAGCCGAAUAUCUACUCGCAGAUCGAUUUGGCACACCAUCCCAUGCCCAUGUACUCCACCAGCCCGAUGUUCGCCACGAAUGGCGGCACCAUCACCGGAGUCACCAUGUCACAUCCAUCACAAUUGGCCACCUUCUCGCCAACGCCGCCGCCGCCCAUCUUCACACACAGCGUGAUGACCGCCACCGGCGAGGGGGGACUACUACAGCCGGUGACCUGCAUGGGUCUUGUGGCAGCCACAUCUUCAGCAGCGGCAGCGGCAGCAUCGGGACAGCACCAGCAGCAGCAGCAACAUCACCACCAGACAACGGCCAAUGGCGGAAACGGAAGCAUUGUCGGCGUCAAUGUGGGCAUGAGCCUCUAUGGCAGCGAUGUGGGCAAGCCGCAGCUGCUGAAGACCGUGCCCGAGGAGAUGCACCAUCAGCUGAAUGGCGAGGAUGUGCUGAUCGCUCAGGAUCGUAAUCACGGCACUGGGACACGCUUCUGACGCUAGGCAUUGAGGAGUGGAGAGAGCAGCAGUGGAUCGUAGAGGCUGCCAGUGAGGAAAGGACACAGCGGAAAGGAUCAGCCAAAUCAAAACUAAGAAUAGAAACCCACAGGAGGAGGUGUGAGGGAGUCGCGUAAUGGGUGUAAUAAUUGGUAAACAAAUUGACUAUAAGUUGUAUGUGAUGGCGGCAGGAGUCUAAGGAUUGGUUUUUAAAAGGAGUCCUGGCACGGGCACGGACACGGGCACGGGCACGGGCUGGCUAAUGGUUAACGAAAGGACGAACCUAGACCUAGAACCUAGAACCUAGUUAGGGCACUUUUUAAGCGGCACAGUAGAUGGAUGGAUGGAUUGACUCUGAGGAGCGCUGAAAACCUGUAAAAAGAAAACAAUAAAAACCAAAUAAGUUUUGCAUAAAAGCGGAGAGCCAGAAGGGAAGCCCACUUAGUCCUGUAAGAUGUCGUGUAAAUUAUGGAAUACAAUUAACAUUAAUAGCUCCUAAUUAUGGCUA